GGCCUCCGCGCCGGGCCCGAGCGGGGCCGGGGAGCAGCGGGGCGCCCCGCUAUGGCGGGGGGUCGGGAGCACCGAGUGGGGCCCGGGGACACUUUGCCGGGACUGGCGCUGCGCUACGGAGUGACGAUGGAGCAGAUCAAACGCGCCAACCGCCUCUACACAUCGGACACCAUUUUCCUGAAGCCCACCCUCCUCAUCCCCCCCCCGGGGUGCCCCACUGAGGCUCCCAUGGGGUCGGCGCCGUCGGACCCCACAACCGCCACCGCCGCCACCACCACUGCCGCGCCGCCCCACGACCUCACGGCCACCGACUUCCUGCGCCGCCUCGACGCCGACAUCGGCCGCUCCAAAGCAGCGGUGGUGGAACAGCGGCUGCGCACCGGUGUCCCCGAGGCCGCCGUCCCGCUCCCCCCCCCGGGGCCGUCCCUGCGGGGUCCCCAACUCGGCGCUCAGCCCCUCACCCGGACACGGCGGGCGGCCGCACUGCGCGACACCGAGGAUGAGAUCUUCACGUUGUGAGCGUGGGGACACCGCUGUGGCCGUGGGGACACCGCUGUGGCCGUGGGGACACCGCUGUGGCCGUGGGGACGCCGUGACUGCGGGGAUGGGACGCAGGGGGGGCUCCUGUCGGGUCGUGCCCCACUUUGGGGUCAGCCAAACCCGAGGACUGCAGCCUCCCUCUCGCACUGGGAUGGGGUUCACCCGGUGAUGCUUUCCCUCUGAUCCUAUUUAUUUGUAUGGCUUUGUCCUUUGGGGUCUUUGUCCCUUUGGGGUCUUUGCCUUCCGGGGUGUUUUUGGGGCUGGGGUCGGGGUCGGUCACCCGUGGGUUUCCCACCCUGCAACGUGUAAAUAAAAGGGAGCUCUGUGUGUCACCCCACGGGACGCGGCACUGUCCCAGCUGUGGGGUCACCAUCACGGUUA